AUGUUAGGCUUCGCCACGACAAACCACUUUGUGGUCCAUGAAAAGACCGUGGUGAUUACGGGUGGGUCAGAAGGGAUGGGCAAGAGUGUUGCCAUAGAUCUAUCCCGCAAAGGUGCACAUGUUGUGAUUGUUUCUCGGACCGUAGAGAAGCUCGAGUCCGCUCUCGAGGAGAUAAAGGCUGCUGCAUUCAACUCAACUAGCCAGAGAUUUCACUACAUCAGCGCGGACUUGAGAGACGCAGAUGAAGCUGACCGAGUGCUUACGGAAGUGACCGCCUGGAACAAUGGCAUACCUCCCGACGUUGUAUGGUGCUGUGCUGGUCAAUCUUUACCUGGCUACUUUAUCAAUACUCCCACGCAAACCCUAAGGGAUCAAAUGGAUACAAUCUAUUGGACUGCAGCUUUUACUGCUCACGCGACUCUGAGAAAAUGGCUUGUCCCAAUUGCACCUGGUCAAAAUACCAAGCCCCGCCGCCGACAUCUUAUUUUUACGGCCUCUGCAGCCGUUUUUGUUCCUCUAACUGGGUACGCACCAUAUACUCCUGCCAAAGCUGCAAUGCGUGCCCUCUCCGAUACCUUGGUCCAGGAGGUCGAGGUCUAUAAUGGAUCAAGGAGCAAUCCGCGAAAUGUCGCCCCGGCAGCAGAUGUGAAAGUCCACAUCAUUUACCCAAUGGGCAUCCUUUCCCCUGGCUUCACCUAUGAGCAACAGGUGAAGCCCGAACUGACGAAAUUACUGGAGGAAGCCGACAAGCCCCAGACCCCCGAAGAGGUGGCGAGAGUAGCCAUUAAAGGGCUCGAAAGGGGUGAAUAUAUGAUCACAACAAUGCUCACUGCAACUCUUAUGAAGGCGAGUGCCAUGGGAGCCAGCCCGCGCAACUAUUGCCUUCGUGAUACUAUUACGAGCUGGAUUAGCAGUCUCGCCUUCCUCUAUGUCAUUCCGGACUUGACUUCAAAAGCAUGGAAAUGGGGGCGAAGAUAUGGCGUUCCGGAAAAGAAUGAACGCUAUCGGAGCUAA